ACUUAAACUGGUGCUCUACUCAGACUGAGUGAAAGCGGUGGCAGGUGGAAUAAGGAUAUUAUUGGAAGGAUAUUUGCCCCGAAUCGAGGCGUUCUCAUUUCAACCUCAUCGCAGCCACCACCGGACAGUGGCGACAGAUCGAUGGAGGACGGCAGGAUCCCGCUGGAGACUGCGAGGGCGGAGCGAUCGGUGUGGCUGAUGAAGUGCCCACCAGUCGUGUCGAGGUCGUGGCAAUCGUCCGCCGCCGGAUCCUCCACCUCCCCCAACCCCGUCGUUGCUAAAGUUGUCCUCUCCCUAGACCCCCUCCAUCCCGACGAUCCCUCCUCACUCCAGUUUAAAAUGGAAAUGGCUCAAACUGAUUCUGCUAAUACACCCAAGAGUUACACGCUGAACAUGUUCAAAGAUUUUGUUCCAAUGUGUGUUUUUUCUGAAUCAAACCAAGGAAAGUUCUCACUAGAGGGAAAGGUAGAGCACAAAUUUGACAUGGAACCUCACAGUGAAAAUUUUGGGGAUUAUGGUAAAUUAUGUCGUGAAAGGACGAACAAAGCUAUGGUCAAAACUAGACAAGUCCAGGUAAUUGACAAUGAUCAUGGUGUGCUAAUGAGGCCAAUGCCUGGUAUGGUUGGUCUAGUUCCAUCUGGUUCGAAGGACAAGAAAAAACUAACCCCGUCCAAAGGAUUGGAUGCAAAACGGAUACGCAGGGAUAAACAAGAAUUGGUGAACAUUCUCUUUAAACUUUUUGAAAAGCAACCAAAUUGGGCACUGAAGCAACUGGUUCAAGAGACUGACCAACCUGAGCAAUUCCUGAAAGAGAUAUUAAAUGAGAUUUGUGUCUACAACAAGAGAGGACCUAAUCAAGGAACUCAUGAACUCAAAAUGGAAUACAAGAAUUUCGAGGGAGCCGACAAUGAAUGAUGUUCCAGCAGGCGUGCAGCAUUGCUCAGGAGCACAGUGGAUUCCUACUCCAGUUGCGCUUGUGUGGCAAGGUCUUCAGGUUACUGCCUAGAUAUCGGAUGCUUUUACAAUAAACUUAGUCAUGGCUUGUAUUCGUCGAAUAUUAUUAUACAUUUUUGCUAAAAAUAUAUACUGUGGCAUUCACGUGUUGUUUGCUUGCUUGGUUUAGUUCCAUUACGGUCAUUAUUUUCUUC